CUCACUCGGGUUUCUCGCGACACGGUUCGUUUUGUCGACGGUGGCCGGAAAGGGACAAUUACCUCAUGGAGCCCGCCGCCCGCCGCCAUCACUCUCAUCGCCGCCGCCUGCUCCUCGGCGACGCCGAGGGUCCCCUCACCCGCCGGAGAAGCCUCAACGCUGCAGGCUCAACUGAGUGCUACGUGCAGAUGUUGGAAGUCAAGAACGCCAAUAUGAAGAGGACGUCGUCUUCCGAUUCUACCGAUUCAGGUUGCUGCAUGGAUUCUCCUGCCCUGCUUGGCAUGAACGACCUUGAAGAAAGCUUUCGGCUGCCCAUGAGGAGAAUGCAUUCCCUCCCGCACGGCCUUCUGGGUUGCAGCCCUGCGCUGAAGAGGAACCACUCGGUUCAACUGGAUUGUAACGUCUUCCAACCUCUCCCUCCUGAAGAGAACAAAGAGAAUGAGCACUUUGAGUUCAAGAAACCAACCGUCCCUGCCUCUCGUGGCUCUCUGCACCUUUCUUCUCCAGACGACGAAAAAGACCCUUCCGAAGCGAGGGAGGACUCGAACACAGUACUUAAGGUCUCCAGCAGUCAAAAUAUUGAAAAUGAUACCGGAAUGGCGACCCCUUUAUUCCCACGCCUGCUGUCCCAACAAAUCACAGAAACGGAAAACGACGAUGGCUUUUUAGAGAUGAUGGAUGGUCCGGAUAACACUAGUGAAGACGAGACGGCUUCUGAUAUGUCGUGCCUUUGGACCGCUCCUCUGAUGGUCGCUAAGAGCGAGGACCUGCAUAGCCAGCAGCAAAAACUGAGCAACACCAUUCGCAACCUGGCUAAGACGGCCGCAGUGAAAAGAACGGAGAAGGCUGCCGAAGAGAGUGUCCCACCUUUUGGCAAACGGAGGAGAAACACACACAUGGAAGAUGACGAAGAAGCCACGAGUCCCUCUUCCUCUUUGGAGAUAGGCAACGUGUUGGAUCAGGACCAGAGGGACCUCAUUGGAGACUUUUCAAAGAGUUACCUCUUCCACACCGUUGAUGGCAAACAUCAGGAUUUGAAGUACAUCAAUCCAGAAAUGAUUGUCGCCAUCCUGAACGGCAACUUCUCCCUCUUCAUCACGCAGUGCGUGAUCAUCGAUUGCAGGUUUCCCUACGAGUACGACGGGGGUCACAUCAAGGGCGCCAUCAACCUUCCAAUGGAGCAAGACGUGGAAGAAUUUCUCCUGAAAAAACCCCUGGUGUCCUCCAGCAACAAGCGCAUCAUUGUCGUGUUCCACUGCGAGUUCUCCUCUGAGCGGGCCCCCCGAAUGUGCCGAUUUGUCAGAGAAAGGGACCGGCUGGACAACCAGUAUCCUGCCCUGCACUACCCAGAGCUCUACAUCCUCAAAGGUGGCUACAAGGACUUCUUCCUCAAAUGCAAGAGCUACUGUGAGCCCCAGAGCUACCGCCCCAUGCACCACAAGGACUUCAAGGAGGACCUGCGCACCUUUCGCACCCGGAGCCGGACCUGGGCAGGCGAGAAGAGCAAACGCGAACACUACAGCCGCUUGAAGAAGCUCUGAAGGGGGCCGGCGGAGUCUGAAACGGACACAUUUUUUGAAAGGGGGGGGGGAGGUUGGGUCCGUCCUGCGCGACCGGACGGAGACCACAAGGCUGCCGUCCCAGGUGUGACAGGGAGGCACUCUAGCCGCGAAUCCUGGAUGGUUUUUCCUGUGUUUCAAUAGCACAGGUGGGAAAGUAGAAAGGGCCUACACACACACACACACAAACACACACAAAUGUAUAUAUAUAUGUAUAUAUAUAUAUAUAUCAGAUGAAACUAUAUUAAUAUAUAUAAAUGCUGUCAGAUGAAGCAA